CGGCUGCACCAGAUCAACAUAUACCUCAGCGACCGCAUCUCGCUGCACCGCCGCCUGCCCGAGCGCUGGAACCCGCUGUGCAAAGAGAAGAAAUACGACUAUGAUAACUUGCCCAAGACAUCUGUUAUCAUAGCAUUUUAUAAUGAAGCUUGGUCAACGCUCCUUCGGACAGUUUACAGUGUCCUCGAGACAUCCCCGGACAUCCUGUUAGAAGAAGUCAUCCUUGUCGAUGACUAUAGUGACAGAGAACACCUAAAGGAGCGCUUGGCCAAUGAGCUGUCGGGCCUGCCCAAGGUACGCCUGAUCCGAGCGGGCAAAAGGGAGGGCCUGGUACGAGCCCGGCUGCUGGGGGCAUCUGCGGCGAGGGGCGAUGUGCUGACCUUCCUGGACUGUCACUGUGAGUGCCACGAGGGGUGGCUGGAGCCGCUGCUGCAGAGGAUCCACGAGGAGGAGUCGGCAGUGGUGUGCCCGGUGAUCGAUGUGAUCGACUGGAACACCUUCGAGUACCUGGGGAACUCCGGGGAGCCCCAGAUUGGCGGUUUCGACUGGAGACUGGUGUUCACGUGGCACAGGGUUCCUGAGAGGGAGAGGAUGCGGAUGCGCUCGCCCAUCGAUGUCAUCAGGUCUCCAACGAUGGCUGGUGGGCUGUUUGCUGUGAGUAAGAAAUAUUUUGAGUAUCUGGGGUCUUAUGAUACAGGAAUGGAAGUUUGGGGAGGAGAAAACCUCGAAUUCUCUUUUAGGAUCUGGCAGUGUGGCGGGACUCUGGAAACACACCCGUGUUCCCACGUGGGCCACGUCUUCCCCAAGCAAGCUCCCUACUCCCGCAACAAGGCUCUUGCCAACAGUGUCCGUGCAGCUGAAGUGUGGAUGGAUGAAUUUAAAGAGCUCUACUACCAUCGCAACCCCCGUGCCCGCUUGGAACCCUUUGGGGACGUGACAGAGAGGAGGCAGCUCCGGUCCAAGCUCCAGUGUAAGGAUUUCAAGUGGUUCUUGGAGACUGUGUAUCCAGAACUGCAUGUGCCUGAAGACAGGGCUGGCUUCUUCGGGAUGCUCCAGAACAAAGGACGGAAAGAAUACUGCUUUGACUAUAACCCUCCUGAUGAAAACCAGAUCGUGGGACACCAGGUCCUUCUGUACCUCUGUCAUGGGAUGGGCCAGAACCAGUUUUUCGAGUACACGUCCCAGAAUGAAAUACGCUAUAACACCCGCCAGCCGGAGGCCUGCGUGGCUGUGGAAGCAGGCUCAGACACCCUCAUAAUGCAACUCUGUGCAAAGACUGCCCCCGAGAACCAGAAGUUCAUCCUGCAGAAGGAUGGUUCUUUAUUUCACAAACAGUCCAAGAAAUGUGUCCAGGCUUUAAGAAAGGAGUUGAGCGACAGCUUCGUUCCGCUCUUACAAGACUGCACCAACUCAGAUCAUCAGAAAUGGUUCUUCAAGGAGCACAUGUGAUAAAGUGCCUCUGUACCAAGGAGCCCAGCCAGGGGGAUUGUGGGCACGGACUCUGCACCCAACAAAGAUUUAGCUAA